AUGUCUAAUAAUUAAACAUUCAAAGAUUUUCCAAAUUAAAGUCAUAUUGAAUUGAAAUUUAAUACAAAAGACCAACAUGGACUUGAAAAAGAAGAAGCCCUACAGAAGUAUAGAAGAAAUGUAAUCAUAGUAAUUUUGAGUUAUUUAGAUUAAUUUACUUACAAAAAUAUUUGCAUAUGAUGUAGACCAACCAGAGUUGGAGAAAUAAAAUGAUAUCCUUCAAUCCGAAAAACAAAAUGGAUAAUAUCAAAUAAAAACCCAUCUUUUAGAAAGCAUGAGAUCAUCUCUAAUUCAUCUAUAAAACAGACAUAAAGAGACAAUUGAAAUGUUUAAAAAAAAAAAUGAAUUAUUUAAAUAGAGAAUCAAUGAGGAUAAUAAGAUUAACACUUAAGAAGAAUUUCAAUAGUUUAUUAAUGAAUUGCAAUCUGAUGAUUUGCUUUGUGAUUCCCAUCCAUUUCUAGAUAAAAAAUCCUCAUUUUUCAUGCAAACUAAUCUAUAGUAACCGAUUUAAGUAUAAAUUGAAAAUUAUUCAUUUUAGAUAAGUUAAGAAUAGUGUUUAGAGUUGAAAGAAUAAUUAAAAGAUGAUUAAUGCAUUUUAUUAAGUUGA